AGAGAAUUUAAGAUUACCGGCGAGGAGGGCCCUGUGGAGAUGAGACCCAACACCGGCCGUCGGCAACCGAAAGAGUCGUUCAUCUUGCCGUCGCCUCUGGACUUCCAGCACCGCCCCCGCGACUCAGACGCCAGCAGCCGCCCUUCCUCCGUCGGAAUCGGCGGCGGCCGCCCCACCUUAGACCUCUACAAAGAUCGUUCGUUCCAGCAAUCGGCGGUGGCAAGCAUCAACUCGUUCCUUUCCUCUCACAACUUCCCAAUCUCCUUCAAGUCGACGUUCCCUUCCGCUAAGGACAUCCACGAAACCCUGAAAUUCCUUCUCUCACUCAUCGACAUGCCAAAGCUCGAAGACGAUCUCCCCCUCCUCCUUAAGCGCUUAGGUUACCCUUUCAAAAUCAACAAAUCGAUCCUCAAAUCCCCCGCAGCCCCUCCUCAUCAAUGGCCCACAUUCCUUGCCCUUAUCCACUGGAUGGUCCAGAUUGCAAAGUUCCAUCACCACCUCUCUUCUUCUUCUUCUUCUUCCACCAACUCUCUCGUUCACUCCAACGUCCUCCAUCAGUACCAACUCAGUAGCUACAUGCAUUAUAUCAGAGGCGACGAUGACGCCGUCGAGGAACUCGACCGCAAGAUCAGGGAGAAGAUCCAACACGAGAAGGCUCUUGCUGAGGAGAAACUUAAGGCUGCUAAGGAAACCGCUUCGAAUUUGGAGGCGGAACUCGAGAGGCUCAGGUCUGCUCCUUCUCAGAAGGAGGUGCUCGAGAAGGAAAAUGGUUUGCUAGAAGAUGAUGUGAACAAGUUCCAUAUGAUUAUUGAGGAGUUAGCGUCAAGGAUUCAGCAAGGGGAGAAGGUUUUGGCGGAGAAGGAGAAGCAGUUGGAGGUUAAGAUGGAGGAGAAUGGGAGGAUUUGCGAGGAGAAUGAGGAGCUGAAGAGGAGGGUGGUGCUUCAGACUUUCAAUGCAAGGGAUGUGGAGAGGAUGAAGAGGGAGUUGCAGACUGCGGAGAGAGAUGUUGGGGAAGCUGAGCUUGCUAGGAAUGCUUGGGAGGACAAGUGUUGGGAACUUGACACUAGUCUUGAUCACAAAUUCAAGGACCUUCAGGCAUUCGCAAUGGAUUGCAACCAGGCCCUUAAGAGGUUGAAGAUUGGUAAUGGUAUUGAGCAUCAGUUGAAUCCCAAGGGAAAUACGCCUGCUGAGAUAAUGGGUAUUGAUCACAAAUUGACACUGAAGCCUUCACUUAACUCCUUUACUGAUGACAUCAAGAAAAGUUCUACGGAAAAAUUGGAAGAGUUGAUUUCCCAUCAGCAAAAGUUCAGCGAAAAUGCUGUUAGGCUUGAGGGGAAAAGAAAUCAACUUGCAGCAGUGCAUUCACGCAUUGAUGAAAUUGAAGCUCAAAGGAACAUGAUAAAGAAGGAAACAGACGAGUACACAGGCAGAUGUUUUGCUGAAGCUGAGAAAAUGCUGGAGGAUGUCCAGCAGGCAGAUCAUGACCUGGGCAUUAGGGAAAGAGAGAAAGCUGAGGUUCUUAAGGCCUCGGAAUUGAAGUUGCAGGAAACAAUUAAACAAAGUGAAGAAGAAAUUCAAAUGCACGCUCACGAACUCCUGAAGGCGGUUGAUUCAAUCUCGAAGUACAAAGUACAUGUGGCGUCCAAAAUUUCAGAGAUGAAGAGGGAUCUAUCGGAAACUGCAUCUGCUAUCUCAGAGGCAUACCGGGGUUCACUCCCAUCUCAAUUUGGUAAUAUAUUCAAUGCAACCCGCCAAUUGGAGAAAACAAAUUAAGUGCAGCAUUGUGUAUGUACUAUCUCUAUAGCAUCUUUUUCUUUUUCAUACUUCACUGAUCGCCACACACAAACACAUCACCUCACCUCUCCUUACAUUUAUAUAACUUUCACUGCAUGAUUACUGCUCAACCGAUCUCAUUUUCUUGAUACUCUAAUUCUGUGAUUAUAAAAAAUACGAGUGAUGUGUGAGUAAAAUUGGGUAGUAAGGAUUUUUCUAUUUUUUCUUAAAGCAUGAGUUUAGACGACAACAAUAAUUGUUGUAUUAAUAUACCUUGACUUCAACCAAAGUAAAAUAAAAUUCUGCAAUAUACAGUGUUACUUAACAUUUAGCCUCGACAAUAUGACCUGGGCAUUAGGGAAAGAGAGAAAGCUGAGGUUCUUAAGGUAAUUCCUUGGAUGUUAUACAUUUCUUCAAUAAUCAAUUGAAUUUGAUAUGCUAAGAAUUCAUGAAGAUGUGGAAUCUGUCUGUUGCUGUCCUCUCUGUUGUGUUUGAAUCAAUUUGGAGAGGCAAGCAAUAUUCACUGCAAACUCCAUAUUGAUUGGCCUAUUUUCUGCAAGUUAAGUUUUUGAGUUAAAUCUUAUCUAACAUGCUAGUUUCUCGUGUUUCAAUCGUUUUUUUAUAUUUUGGGGUUCAUAUUGCAUGCAGUGCACGGAUGAGCAAUUGUUUUUGAGCAUUUUAAGCACAAAAGUAGUUGCUAUAGUCCUUUAUUUUCGCUGCUUAGGUGUUGUCCUCUACCUAGUUCGUGUUCAUGUCUUUGGGCAAGUGCUUGUGAGGAAAAUGGCCAAUAUGUUCUUAACUUGCAUACCGUGCUGAGUCCAUUCCUUUUCAGCAUAAGCUUUGGCAUAUCUUGUAAUCAAACAGGGAAAGGGAAGAAUAAAGCACACAAAAGGCUAAUUAUAUCAAUUUCAUAAGCCAAACUAACUAUCGCCAAGCUUAGUAAACCACUGCGCGUUAAACCCGACUAGCGAGUGUGGGGUGGAGGAAAUCUUUGUACGCAGCCUUACCCUUGCAUAAUUGCAAAGAGGCUGUUUCCUGGAUUCGAACCCAUGACCUUUCAGUCAUGAAGGAACAUUUUUACCACUGCUCCGGUUCGCCCCCUUUUUAUUGCCAAGCUUAGUAACGGGGAAUAAUUCAACACGGAACAUAUACCACCCUUUUCUUUGCUUAAUCAGCAUAAUUAUAAAGUAAAUAUGUUUUGAAUGAAGACAUAAAUGAGUUUUUCCUUUUUUUCAAUAACUGGGAUGAUCCCUUUUGGUUAAAAUUAACCUUAUUUACUGGAUCAUUUUGUAUCCAAUGAACUUCUUUGUUUUUGUCAAGGCCUCGGAAUUGAAGUUGCAGGAAACGAUUAAACAAAGUGAAGAAGAAAUUCAAAUGCAUGCUCACGAACUCCUGAAGGUGGUCGAUUCAAUCUUGAAGUACAAAGUACAUGUGGCGUCCAAAAUUUCAGAGAUGAAGAGGGAUCUAUCGAAAACUGCAUCUGCUAUCUCAGAUGCAUACCGGGGUUCACUCCCAUCUCAAUUUGGUAAUAUAUUCAAUGCAACCAAUUCGAGAAAACAAUUAAGUGCAGCAUUGUGUAUGUACUAUCUCUAUAGCGUCUUUUUCUUUUUCAUACUUCACUGAUAGCCACACACAAACACAUCUCCUCACCUCUCCUUACAUUUAUAUAAUUUUCACUGCAUGAUUACUGCUCAACUGAUCUCGUUUUCUUGAUACUCUAAUUCUGCGAUUAUAAAAAAUACGAGUGAUGUGUAAGUAAAAUUGGGUAGUAAGGAUUAAGGAUUUUUCUAUUUUUUCUAAAGCAUGAGUUUAGACGACAACAAUAAUUGUUGUAUUAAUAUACCUUGACUUCAGCCAAAGUAAAAUAAAAUUCUGCAAUAUACAGUGUUACUUACCAUUUAGCCUCGACAAGCAGAAGUCUGAUAUGUAAGAAAUAGACAAACCAUUUUAUUUUUCUUAAUUUCUUGCCCGCACACCUAUUUUAUUUAUUUUGUUAUAUUAUUUACUUUCAUGGUCUUUGUAUGUUCAUAGCUCUGUUGUGAAAAGAGUAAAUCGCUCACACUAUUGUUCCCCUCUCAUUCAUUGUAGUUAUU